AUGGCGCAGAUUGACCCAAGAGAUGUUGGAACCCCCGACGAAUGGGUCCCGCGCCACCCGGAGCUGAUCCGACUGACGGGGCGACAUCCGUUCAACUGCGAGCCCCCGCUCAAGUACACGAGCACCUUCAUCACGCCCAUGGCGCUGCACUACGUUCGCAACCACGGCCCCGUGCCGAAGCUCAAGUGGGAUACCCACACGUUCUCCAUCGACGGACUUGUCAAGGAGCCGCGCACUUUCGGCAUGGACGAGCUCGUCUCCACCUUCUCAACGGAGACGGUAACGUUCCCGGUGCUGCUCGUGUGCGCCGGCAAUCGACGCAAGGAGCAGAACAUGAUCAAGAAGACGAUCGGGUUCAGUUGGGGCGCUGCUGGCUGCUCCACCGCCGAGUGGACGGGGGUCCCUCUUCACGUGCUGCUCACAGCUUGCGGCGUCGACCGAGAGAAGGCUCAGUGGGUCUGGUUCGAAAGCACUGAGGACUUGCCGCACGACAAGUACGGCACCUGCAUCCGAGCUAGUACCGCACUCGACCCGUCCUGUGACGUGCUGGUUGCGUGGAAAGCCAACGGCGAGCUGCUAACUCCCGACCACGGAUUCCCUGUGCGUCUCAUUAUUCCAGGUCACAUCGGUGGGCGGAUGGUCAAGUGGCUGGCGCGGAUUCACGUGAGCGACCGCGAGUCCAGCAACCACCACCACAUCAUGGACAACCGAGUGUUGCCUUCGCAUCUUACAGCAGAGACUGCAACUGCAGAGGGCUGGUGGGCCAAGUCGCCUUACGCCAUCAUGGAGCUCAAUAUCAAUGCUGCGAUAAUUGAGCCAAACCACGACGACCUCUUGGCUCUAAGCGAAGACGGUGCGGUCAAUGACAUCGAGACGUUCACGAUCAAGGGGUACGCGUACUCGGGGGGUGGUCGACGAGUCAUCCGUGUGGAGGUGACUCUGGACGACGGCGCGACGUGGCAGCUAGCUCGCAUUAUAUACCACGAGAAGCCAAACGCAUACGGGAAGAUGUGGUGCUGGGUGCAUUACGAGCUGGUUGUCCCAGUAGGCAGCCUGCUCCGAGCUAGAGAGAUUUCCGUUCGAGCCUGGGAUAGCUCAAUGAACCUCAUGCCCGAGUUCCCAACGUGGAAUGUCAUGGGCAUGAUGAACAACCCCUGGUAUCGUGUCAAGAUCCACCACGAAGAAGACACCAACCAGCUACGAUUCGAGCAUCCUACCCAGGCCGGUAACCAGAAGGGAGGAUGGAUGACCAAGGAGCGAAUCAUGACAAACAAUGACGAAGAGCCCAUUCGUGGCAAGAAGCUGCUGGUGGAGUCUGCUGGAGAUGCAAACAGUGCUGUGACGCCAAAGCCUGGUCUAACUCCCGACGAGCUGAGCGGGCUGCCUCUUAUCUCUGCUGACGAAGUAGCCAAGCACAACACCAAGGAGAGCUGCUGGUUUAUCUGCCGCGGCCUCGUGUACGACGCUACGCCGUUCCUCGACGAGCACCCUGGUGGCGCCACGAGCAUCUUACUGUGCGGCGGUACCGAUUGCACCGACGAGUUCGAGAGCAUUCACUCCACCAAGGCCUGGCAGAUGCUCAAGAAGUACUGCAUCGGUCGUUGCCCAAGUGCAGGCGACGACUCUGGCGCCAGCGAUACGGCAUCGUCUUCGGCCGACCACGAAGAAACGGACGUCGCUCUUAAGGGCGCUACGAAGGUGCCUAUUGUGCUGAUCUCGAGAGAGGUGGUCAGCCAUGACGCUCGCAUCUUCAAGUUCGCUUUGCCGGCCAAAGACCUACGACUGGGUCUUCCAGUCGGCAAUCACGUCUUCUUGUAUGCCAAGAUCAACGGCAAGACGGUUGUGCGUGCGUACACGCCCAUUUCAUCGGAGAGCGACGACCGGGGAUUUGUGUCCUUCCUCAUCAAGGUUUACUUCGCGGGUGAGAACCCGGUGCAUCCAGAAGGAGGACUCUUUUCGCAGUAUCUCGACGGCUUGCAUCUCGGCCAGCAGAUUCAGAUCAAGGGGCCGCUAGGACACUUCACCUAUCACGGAGAGGGCAACUUCUCUCUCGAGUCGACCAACUUCCACGCCCGCAAGUUCGGAUUCAUCGCCGGUGGCACUGGUAUCACGCCCGUCUAUCAGGCCAUGCGUGCCAUCCUCGAGAACCCGAGCGACAACACCAAGGUCGCGCUGAUCUAUUGCGUACGUUUAGAGCGUGACCUGCUGCUGCGAAAAGAGCUCGAGGCACUGCAAAAGCUGCGGCCAGGUCAAUGCCGGAUCUUCUACACGCUGUCUGACCUGGAAGGCUUGGACAGGAGCGACCCAAGUGUCCGAAAGUGGGCAUACGGCAAAAGCCGACUCACUUUCGCCAUGGUGCAGAACAUCAUUGGCUCGGACGCUGAUCAUGUCGGCAUGUGUGGACCCGAGGGCAUGAUCGAGUACGCCUGCAAGCCGGCACUAUCCAAGCUAAACUACGACUUGAAGACGCAGAUCACCGUCUUUUAG